AUGAGGAGGCAUUAUGAAGUGAUAUUCUUGAUUUUCUGCAUCUUCCUAAGUUAUUUUACUGUGCAAAGUAUAGAGAUUUUGUCGAAAUCGAAGCUUGAAAGAUGCGAGAAAGCCUCAGAUUCUGAUAAUGAUCUCAAUUGCACCAGAAAAAUCGUCUUAAACAUGGCUGUUCCCAGCGGUUCUAGUGGUGGAGAGGCGUCGAUUGUGGCGGAAAUAGCGGAAGUGGAGGAGAAUGCAACUAACUUGAUGGAAACAGUGAGAGUACCGCCGGUGAUAACAAUCAAUAAAACGGCUGCGUAUGCUUUGUAUGAACUUACUUAUAUACGGGAUGUCGCUUAUAAACCUGAAGAGUAUUAUGUUAAGACGCGCAAAUGUGACCGGGAUGCCGGUGCAAAUGUUGUCAAGAUAUGUGAGAGGUUACAAGAUGAAAAUGGCCACAUUAUCGAGCAUAGUCAGCCACUCUGUUGUCCUUGUGGGCCCCAACGGCGGGUACCAUCAUCAUGCGGAAACUUUUUCGACAAACUGAUGAAAGGGAAGGCCAACACUGCACACUGCGUCAGAUUUCCAGGUGAUUGGUUCCAUGUUUUUGGUAUUGGACAGCGAUCAAUGGGUUUCAGUGUACGAAUUGAGGUGAAGACAGGAUCUAAAGUUUCGGAAGUUACUGUGGGCCCCGAAAAUAGAACAGUAACAUCCAAGGAUAAUUUUCUAAGGGUUAAUCUCAUUGGAGAUUUUGUUGGAUACUCGAAUAUUCCAUCAUUUGAGGACUUCUACCUCGUCAUUCCAAGGCAGGGUGAACCUGGACAACCACAGGAUCUGGGAAGGAAUUUUUCAAUGUGGAUGCUGCUUGAGAGAGUGAGAUUUACCUUAGAUGGUGUUGAAUGCAACAAAAUUGGUGUCAGUUAUGAAGCUUUCAGUGGGCAGCCCAACUUCUGUGCUUCACCAUUUUGGAGUUGCUUGCAUAAUCAGCUGUGGAAUUUCCAUGAUGCCGAUCAGAACCGAAUUAGGAGGAAGCAGUUGCCACUAUAUGGCGUGGAGGGAAGGUUUGAAAGGAUAAACCAGCAUCCAAAUGCAGGGACUCAUUCGUUCUCUAUAGGAAUUACUGAAGUUCUUAACACAAACCUUUUGAUAGAACUAACUGCUGAUGACAUUGAAUACGUCUACCAAAGGAGCCCAGGAAAACUUUUAAGUUUCACCAUCCCUACAUUUGAAGCCCUUACUCAAUUUGGUGUUGCUACAGUCUCUGCUGAAAAUAUUGGGGAAGUGGAAGCGUCAUAUAGCUUAACGUUUGACUGCUCAAGAGGUGUUUCGCUCAUGGAGGAACAAUUCUUCAUUUUGAAGCCCAACGAGAUUACAAUUCGAUCAUUUAAAAUUUACCCAACAACUGAUAAAGCUGCGAGAUAUGUAUGUGCUGCUAUUCUGAAGGACUCUGGUUUUAAUGAAAUUGAUAGAGCGGAAUGCCAAUUUUUUACUACUGCUACCAUCCUUGACAAUGGAUCACAGAUUGCUCCCUUUCUACCACCAAAGACCAGUGUAAAUGGUUUCUUUGAAUCUAUUGAAAACAUUUGGAACAGAAUUUGGGAAGGCUUAGUAGACUUCAUCACUGGAAAAUCCUGCAGACAGAAAUGCUCCAGUUUCUUUGAUUUCAGUUGUCACAUACAAUAUGUAUGUAUGAGCUGGAUGGUGAUGUUUGGUCUACUUUUGUCUAUUUUUCCAACAGUGCUUGUGCUGCUAUGGCUUUUGCAUCAGAAAGGACUUUUUGACCCUCUUUAUGACUGGUGGGAAGAUCAUCUUUGGACUGACGAGCAGAGAAUCAGAGAUACUCGGAGACACAAUAAAGAUAUUCAUGUGAAUAGACAUCAUGAGUUGGGAGCAAGACAACACAAGCAUAAUGCUCAUAAGAAAAGAACCAUUCAUCAAGAGCAUAGGCAUAGGCAUUCAGGAAGGGAUACAGAGUACUAUCAUUAUCUUCACCAUGUCCACAAGGACAAGAGUAAGCACAGGGGAAGUAAGAAAACAAGUUUCAUGCAGCAAGUCUAUUUGGAUGGAGUGGGGAAUACCAAAGUUGGACAUCAUGGACACAGAAAGGAGAGAGACCAUGGAAGGACUGUUAAAAUAAUCAGUCAGAAGUGAGCUGUUGGAUGAUUCACACUUAAUGUUGCUAGCUGAGCAGACAGAAAAUUGGGGUGAAUCAUGUUACCAGUUAUAGACUUAUAGAAGAUCAGAUUGACUUUCUCUAGUUAUGUUUGUUUCUUUUGGGCGAGUGUACCUGAUAUGGAAUUCUUUGAAGUGGAAUUGCAGUGGUGGCAGCUGUUUUCCAUGGAAAGGAUGAGACACACUAACUGUUAAAAGUAAAUUAUCAUUGUGAUAAGCAUGUGUGUGUGAGAGUAUAUAUAUAUGCCCUUGACCUUCUUUUUUGUACAGAAAUUAUAUACUGACAAACAGGAAAUAAAAGGACAAGAAUUUGCAUU